AUGCCGAGAAAACGUCUACCCUGUGAUUUCCCAUACCAUCCAGGACUUGAGCUCUCUAUCAAAAGGCACAUUCCUCCUGAACCAUUUGCAGAGCCCUCGUUCCUCAAGAGUGCAGCUCCCCGACCCAUGGCUCAGGAUCCCCGAGGAGGUCCAUACCGCACACCCCUCGAAUGGUGUCUCGACUUCCCUCCAGCCGACACAGAACCUAUCAAGGAUCCAGAGGUUCGGAGACUACAUGUGGUUGAUCAAGUCGCCUGCGGAGCAGAGCGCGCGGCGCAAGUUCUACGUUGCUACCUCGACGACACUGAAGGCACAACCUAUAUCGCCAAGAUGUUCGAUGCCCUCUACUUCUGGCCUGAGGAUGGCGACUAUACCUAUGAGGCCGACGAGAACUAUGCGUCCGAAGCAGCCGCCUAUGAAGAUCUCAUGGAGGCUAGCAUGGACGGCCAUCUCACACCCCAUUAUCACGGUUCAUGGACGUUUGAUUUGCCAGGUCCAAACCCUCAUUCAUCUUCCACCCGAUCCGUCCGCAUGAUUCUUAUUGAGGAUAUCCCAGGUCGAUCAAUGGGCGAUAUACUCAAGAACAACCUGGAGUCCUUUGUCCUCCCAGAACAUAGGCUUACCGUCCUUGCUAGAGUCAUGGAAAUUUAUAGCGUGCUUGAGUAUAUCGGCGUUGUCCAUAUGGACCUAGCCCCCAGGAAUGUGAUGAUAGCGGGAGUGGAUUUCAAUACCUGGCCCAAUCAUACUAUACCAGGAGUUAUACUUAUCGACUUUAAUCGGUGCGCAUUGCUCAACAGACCAAGCAGCUACUUCCCCCAGGAUGAUAAUCCCAAUCCCAUAGACCCAAAGACCUACCUUGGCAGGAAAUGCCCUACAAAGUGGAAGGAUUGGGUCCCCGAACCCCAUCGCUCAAACCCAGCAGCCUGGAGAGGUUGGGUGCGCAAGCUUUGGCCCAAUAGCGAAGAUUACUCACAGCCACAUAUGAGAGCCCGCCUAUUCAGUGACCUUGGAGACUUCAUCGAGGUUCCUCCUCAGCCGGACCCACAGUAUGUUCCUCCGCCAUCACCGCCCGCGGAGUCUGAUGAAGAAUUUGAACCUGUUCAAAUGCAGCGGCGUGCCGAAUAA